CUUUUUAAUGGGCAAGAUAGUAAUUUUCAAUGCAUUCAUUAACUUCCUCUCACUUCUCUCGCAAAUACUCUCCGUCAAUCUCCGCACAAUCAGUCCAUUAAUUACCUUCUUCAUCUAUAUCAUCUUUUCUCUUUCUAAUUUUCUUCAAUUCAUUCUGUUUGUUCAUCUAUGGUGGAAUUAUACAAGAGAAAUUGAUGUUUGUGCCGGGUGGUGGAAAAUUUCUCUAAGGGAUGGCAAAACAAUCCCAACAAUCUCAAUUUCGGUUUUUUUCGUUGGUUUCCAUUUGAGGUGUGGAUAAUUUUGUGGUUUUGUUAUUCUACUUUGAGUUUGUAGAAAAGGAAGAAGAUUGUUCAAUUUUAGUUUAAGGUAUAGUGGCGAACACAAGGUGUUUGAUAAAAUGCCCUAAAGAAUCAAACACACGAAAUUGGUGGUAAGGACAGCCCAAUACAAACAAGGGAUCUCUUAAUACCUCACAAGAACCUCCAUAUGUAUUUUCAUUGACUCAUUGUGGCGAUGAUCAGAUUUUUCAAACAAGGAAAUGUAGUUUUAUGACCCGAGCCAAGGGUCACUUUCGAGAAGCUGAGGAAGAAUGGAUUCGAAGAGUUUCUCAGUGAAAACAUUGGAUGGAGCGCGUGCAACGUGUGUUCGAGAAUUUGAGGGUCCUAGUCGGCGAGUGGGCUGGCCUUGCGGUGAUGUUUUUGCAGAGCAACACAUACGAUGGUGGAAACAUACCACUAAGAACAUAGACUAUCCUCCCCAGCUGAUGUUGGAGUACUUUGAUCGGGAUCUAGUGAACACCACGAAGAGACGCCGCGACAAAUUUAUUAAGGGCAUGCGCAUGAACCUCCAAGAGGGUAUGGAAAUGGGUUCGAGGAAAGAUUUCGGAUUCAUGUGCGAGCAGGCUAGGGAGGUGGUUAGAACUAAAGAGGGAGCAAAGCAGGAAGUGGAGCAGAAUCCGAAAAAGUCAUCGAUGAAGGUGACCGGUGCUGGUAAAGCUUAUACAGGAGGGAUUGUCUUACGAACCCUGGUCCUCCAUUUCCUACGACUGCAACAUCUACCUAAACGAUGGCUCCCCGACCUGCCCAAAGUCAGCGCUCAAUGCCCGGAUCACAGCCCCAGCGACCUCAGCAGCAGCAGCCGCCUUAGGCUUUACCACAUCAGGAGGGAUCCAGCGAGAACAUACACUAUGCAAGGUCGUGAUAAUCCUAAUCCUGACAUUAUUCUUGUCACUUUAGACGAGAACUUGACUUAUGAAGAGGAGCCUGUGCAGAUUCUAGCUCGAGAAGUGAAGGAGUUGAGGAAUAAGAGGGUGCCUUUGGUCAAAGUGCUAUGGCGUAACCAUGCUGUUGAAGAUGCUACGUGGGAGACUGAGGAGUCUAUGAGAGUUCAGUAUCCUUAUCUUUUCAGCGACAAUGAUUUAGGUUAUGCGGGUUGGGGUGUUACAUGCCACAAGGUGCAAGAGGGACUGGAAUCUGAGAAAAGCCAGCUGGUGAGGUUACUGAAAAUGGCUAAAGCAGAGGCAACAGACUCUGAGGAGGAAGACACAGAGGGGGAAGAAGUCUUCAGUAGUGUCGAGGAAGAGGAUGAAGAAGACAAUGCAACAGAAGGAAGUAAUGAAGAUGAUGAAUAGCUUCAUUUCUUAAAAACUAUACAAUUAUUACUAAACUCUUGGUGUUUUG